CUACAAAAACGCCAUUAAUUUUCCUCAUAGGCUUUGUCCAACGAAAGAGUGCCUAAAAAAGUAUACAAAACGACUCCAUUAGUACUUCUCUUUGGGGUUAAAGUUUCAGUUUUCACCCCACCCAGUCGGUGGCGGCAACACACAAUGAAAGGAUGUAGUCCACCGUAAAAUUUUCACCGAACAAGUUCACCAAAAUGGCAGCGCAGCAACAACCCGGUGGACCGAUUCCACAAGUUGGAAUGCAGCAAGCUGCUACACUUCAACAACAGCAGUUGAGUCAACAGCAAGAUUUCGACCCAGUUCAUCGAUUCAAAAUGCUUAUUCCACAAUUAAAAGAGAGCCUCCAGAAUGUCAUGAAGAUUGCCUCUUUAAAUUUGGGGCAUAAUACAUCAAUUGACAAUGGCAUAAAGAGCAGUGAUGCCAGUGUACAGCGGUUUGACAAGAGUCUGGAAGAGUUUUAUGCCCUGUGCGAUCAGCUGGAACUCUGCUUACGGCUUGCCUACGAGUGCUUAUCCCAGAGCAUUGACAGUGCCAAGCACUCUCCUAACUUGGUCCCAACAGCCACCAAGCCUGACACCGUACAGACAGAGUCCCUGUCCUACUCACAGUACCUCAGCAUGAUCAAGUCACAGAUCUCCUGCGCCAAAGACAUUCACAACGCUCUAUUGGAAUGCUCCAAGAAAAUCGCAGGAAAGGGCCAGCCGCAAGGAAUCCUGUAGAAAUGGGCAUUCCAUUAUACUAUCACAUGGAGUCCUGAGCUUUCUGGAAGAAGCUUGUGUGGAUCUACUCUGACAGAAUAAGUGCCUGACUUGACAAGUGUUCUUUACUUUACUUGUUAGUGUGAAAAUGAAAGGGUAAAAAGCAUAACAACUGGGUCAUUGUCUGAUUUCCUGUGAGACAAAAUACCUGGAAACCAAACUUGUCUUGGAGACAGGUAAAAGCAUCAAAGAGUUGUUGCCUGAUGUAGCUUUAUUUGCUAGACAUUUCUACUGCUUCACCAUGCCUGAUCCUUUGACUUUGAGAUCUUCGAUGUGUAUCUUUCUUCCUUCGGGUUUUGGGUUUGCUUUGUCCCUGAGGGGGGAAAUGAGAAAGCAGACAUAAAUCAUUCAUCCAUCAACCCACAUUUCAAUAAACCAUUGAUCAACUGUAGUAUAAUACUUGACACUUCAAUCAUAACCAAAAUGUUCACUGAUGUAGCAUCCAGAAAUGGUUUGUUUUGGUUUACGGCCACUCCUCCUCGAGCGGAUUUGUCCUACGUGUCAUUAUAUGACCUAUGACACAUGAUGACUGACCUACGUCCCUGGUCGGUGCCGGUGGCGGCAGUGAGGGCUGCCCGGUGCACCACCUUAGGCUUGGGGGCCUCCAGACUGGACUUGGGGGCAAAUGGUCGGAAUUUAGACACCUCUUGCUGCCACUCUUCGUCAAAGGACUGUGCCUCGGCUAUGAGGGGAAAGGGCAGAGGUUAGGGGUCAGGAACAGUUUAGGUAUCACUCUGUGGGAUGCUGUGAUUAACCUGGCAAGGGGCAGUUCCUUGGAAUUUGAAUACCUUAUUUUCUCUGAGAUAGGAACAUAACUGAAUGUCUCAGACUAUAUAAACCCCAAACAGAGCUGGGAUAGAAUUUACUAUCAGAGGAUUCUCCUAUGUCUUUGUUUAUGACUAUUCAUCGAACACUGAUAACCUAUAUGCCUUAAAAUAAUCCUCAAAGCAUCAUAAAAAACACUUCAUAAAUUGGUAACACUUUAAUUAA